UCAAAAAUGAUAAGUGAAGGCCGAGGGUCAGAGCUAAUGCCCAGGGAAGCAAAUCCAAAUGUCCCUAUGACCGCCUAUAGAUAUCAUUCGCUUUGUGCAUAUAAUUGUGAUGAUGACUUGUUUAGCUCUGACUUAAGUGAGGACCAGCUGAGGCAGAGACUUGGACACAUGUCCCACACACCUUGUCAGAUCAUAUUUUCCAUGGCUGAUGAAUAUGUACCAGAGUAUGUUGACAAGAAAGCGCUUGGUGAGAAAUUAUGCAGAGCAAUGGGUGGUGCAAAAAAGGUUGAAAUUGAAUAG